AUGACUGAUCCUACGUACACAGUCUUCGUCCGACUGCCCAUUCUCCGGGGCGAGUUUACGGAUCCUCCUCCGGUGAACUGGGAUUCCACCAAGGACGAUGUGCUGUGGAACAUCCUAUCUAACGCGGCCAAGACCGAGAUUGACUGGAACGAACUGUUUGUUGCCCCGACUGGCCUCGACCAAGCUGCGCAUUUCGAUGUGACUGUCGACUUCCUCCUGCAGCAAGUAGCCUACCUGACCGAGCGGCACACUGCCCAGCUACGAGCCCAGGUUCGAAAAGCCACAGCCGCUGCCAAAGGCUCCUCUGCUCCCUCUCCCAUCCCUGGCGCCGAGCCUCAAAGUCACCUGAGAACCGUGUCCGCCCUUUCCAUCCGCCGCGACUCGCCCCUUCCACGAACCGAUACUAGUACGCCCGCAACCCCGACCACGAGUUCCCUACGACCGAAUAUCUCCCGCCAUGGCUCUGCCGGCACCGUAACACACAAUCUGGGCGGCGGCUCAUCAACUCGCCAGAGCAAGCCUGCAACUUCUCGUCCGUCCAACGAGACGCAGCGCCGUCGCCUGUCAUCAUUGCCAAUCCAGACCACACCCCGCAGCCCCGAACCGACUUCGCCCGUUGCCGACGAACUGAGUUCUCCCACAUCCUCCGACGAUGAGUCCAGCCCGGCACAGUCGCGCAUCAUCCGCCGGCCUCCUCGCUUUCAGCAGCGUGACGGACCAGGCGACCUCGAAGAUGAAGACGAAGACGCUGAGCCCGCUUUCCUUCAAUACAAGCCGCAGUCCUCCGAUACAUCGGCGCAGGACAUGGGAUCCACUCUGCGGGGCGACCUACGAAACGUCCGUCGGACACCGAAAGGCAAGGAGAAGAUCCAUCAUUCGGAGACGUCAGAUUCGUCGACCAGCUCACCUGCUCUGGUAUCCCACGGCCCUUCGACAGGAGAGCGUCGCCCAGCCGGUCCACUUUCUCCACGGCGCCCGGCCGAGUUGUCUGGGAAGAGUCCGAGCAGAAAGGGCUACUCACGGGACGGGAGUGACGGGACGCCUAGCAUGGGCAGCAGCUUCAGUGACUUGGACGACGCUUCAGUAACGCAGUCCGCGCUCGAGGAGGCACUGGCGAGCAAGAUGCAAGAUGGCGCCAUUGGGAGCAGGUUCAGCAUCAGUCAAGCGUUUAGAAGCCGCUACAUGCCCAAACCUGGUCAACAGUAG